CUGCAAUUGGGCGAGCCGGCGAGUGACGUAAUAGCCGCGCUCUUACGACUUCGGAAGGUCUCUGCUGCGUUUGCGCACGAGGAGCUGGUUGUCGCUGCGGCCGCCUGGAAUUGUGGGGAUUGUGUCUUCCCCUGGCUGCGGGAAGCCGAAGGUCCCUAAUUAUGGCUCCUCUGGGCCUGCUGCUUGGCCUGCUGAUGGCCUCCUGCUUCACCUUCUGCCUCAGUCAUCAAAACCUGAAGGAGUUUUCACUGACCAACCCAGAGAAGAGCAGCACCAAAGAAACAGAGAGAAAGGAAACCAAAGCAGAGGAGGAGCUGGAUACUGAGGUCUUGGAGGUGUUUCACCCGACCCAUGAGUGGCAGGCCCUUCAGCCAGGUCAGGCUGUCCCUGCAGGAGCCCACGUGCGGCUGAAUCUUCAGACUGGGGCAAGAGAGGUGAAACUACAAUAUGAGGACAAGAUGCAAAAUAAUUUGAAGGAGUUGAAAAAAGGCAAAAGGCUGGACAUCAACACCAACACCUACACAUCUCAGGACCUUAAGAGUGCACUGGCAAAAUUAAAGGAGGGAGCAGAAAUGGAAAAUUCAAUGGAAGACAAGGCAAGGCAGGCUGAGGUGAAGCUGCUCUUCCGCCCCAUUGAGGAGCUAAAGAAGGACUUUGAUGAGCUGAAUGUUGUCAUUGAGACUGACAUGCAAAUCAUGGUACGGCUGAUCAACAAGUUUAAUAGUUCCAGCUCCAGCUUGGAAGAGAAGAUUGCUGCACUCUUUGAUCUUGAGUAUUAUGUCCAUCAGAUGGACAAUGCACAGGACCUGCUUUCCUUUGGUGGCCUUCAAGUGGUGAUCAAUGGACUGAACAGCACAGAGCCACUGGUGAAGGAGUAUGCCGCAUUUGUGCUGGGGGCUGCCUUUUCCAGCAACCCAAAGGUCCAAGUGGAGGCCAUUGAAGGGGGAGCCCUGCAGAAGCUGCUGGUCAUCCUGGCCACAGAGCAGCCACUCACUACAAAGAAGAAGGCCCUGUUUGCACUGUGCUCCCUGCUGCGCCACUUCCCCUACGCCCAGCAGCAGUUCCUGAAGCUGGGGGGACUACAGGUCCUCAGAAGUCUGGUGCAGGAGAAGGGCACAGAAGUGCUGGCUGUGCGAGUGGUCACCCUGCUUUAUGACCUGGUCACUGAGAAGAUGUUUGCUGAGGAGGAGGCCGAGCUGACCCAGGACACAUCCCCAGAGAAGCUGCAGCAGUAUCGCCAGGUGCACCUCCUGCCAGACCUGCGGGAACAGGGCUGGUGCAAGAUCACGGCCCACCUCUUGGCACUGCCUGAGCACGAUGCCCGUGAAAAGGUCCUGCAGACACUGGGUGCCCUCCUGGUCACCUGCCGGGAUUACUACCAUCAGGAUCCCCUGCUUAGCAGGAUGCUGGCCAGGCUUCAGGCCGAGUACCAGGCUCUGGCCAGCCUGGAGCGGCAGGAGGGCGAGGACGAGGGCUACUUCCAGGACCUGCUGGGCUCUGUCAACAGCUUGCUGAAGGAGCUGAGAUGAGACCACCUCACAGCAAGACCGGACUGGGAUGCAGCUAGUGAGGCCGAGGGGCGCCAGCUUUGGUGGGCUCUUCAGGGAACAUCCGGCAAGAGGACCCCAUCUGGGCAGUGCUGACUUGGCCAUUAAAUGGAAACAUGAAGGCC